AUGAAGCUUACCUUCAAGGACUUGAAGCAGGAGAAGUUCGUGAUCGAGGUUGAGCCCUCCGAAACGGUCCGACAAGUCAAAGAGAAAAUCGCCCAAGUGAAAGGUGGCUACGAAGCUGAGCGAACGAAAAUUCUCCAGGAUGACAAGACAGUCGAGUCCUACAACAUCCAAGAAAAGGACUUUUUAGUCUGCUUGCCUUCCAAGCAACCAAAGACUGCUUCAUCGUCCACUCCGCAGGCACCCUCAACUCCUGCUGCCCGAGCUCCCGCUUCAACUCCUGCUGCUCCCCCGCCCCGGCCCCUGCUGCUAGCACUGCUCCAGCUGCCCCGGUCCCUGCUACGCCUUCACCUGCCGACCAACCCUUCCCAGGCUCCCGCUUUCAAUGACCCUUCUGCUUUGGCAAUGGGAUCAGCGGCCGAAUCUGCCGUGACUCAGAUGGAGGCCAUGGGCUUUGCACGAAGUGAUAUAGACCGUGCCAUGCGCGCGGCAUUCUUCAACCCAGAUCGCGCUAUUGAAUACCUGUUGACUGGCAUUCCCGACAACGUUCAACAGGAGCAGCAACAAAAUCAGCAGGCCCAGCAGGCAGAGCGCGCUACUGGUGAGACUCCUGCUGCUGCCACUACCCCAGCAGCCGGUGGAAAUGCCGCUGAAGAACCGCUGAACCUGUUUGAAGCUGCGGCUCAGGCCACCGAGGGAGGAGGUGGUCGUGGUAGCCGUGGUGGUGCCGGCGCCGGAGCAGGAGGUGGCGAUGCCCUUGGAAGCUUGGAUUUCUUGCGAAGCAACCCCCAUUCCAGCAGCUACGCCAGCUUGUGCAACAACAGCCUCAAAUGCUCGAGCCCAUUCUGCAACAAGUCGCAGCUGGGAACCCCCAGAUUGCGCAGAUCAUUGGCCAGAACUCCGACCUUGCUGAGUGAGGACCUUGAGGAGGACGAGGCACCUCUUCCUCCAGGCACCCAGGCCAUCCAAGUGACAGAGGAAGAGCGGGAUGCUAUCGAGCGACUUUGCCGCCUGGGCUUCCCCCGCGAUUCUGUCAUCCAGGCAUACUUCGCUUGUGACAAAAACGAAGAGCUGGCGGCAAACUUCCUAUUCGACCAACCCGACGAGGAUGAGGAGUAA